ACUUCUCAUUUCUCUUUACGCAAAUUUCUUCACACAUUUGAACAACAAAAAAUUCUCUUAUCAUCAUCAUUAUCGUCAAUUCACUAUGGCUGACCGUACUCAAUAUCCACACCAAGUUCAAGUUCAUCCUUCACGUUAUGAAGGUGGUAUGACUAGGCCAUCACUUCUUCCACAAAAAGGUCCUUCAACUAGCCAAAUACUAGCGGUUGUCGCGCUUGUCCCAGUCGGCGGAGUCCUUCUGGGACUUGCGGGGCUUACUCUUCUUGGGACUAUUAUUGGCCUUUGUGUUGCUACUCCCGUCUUUCUGUUGUUUAGCCCUGUCCUCGUACCAGCUGCUCUCACAGUUGCUCUAGCUGUCACUGGCUUCUUGACUUCAGGUGCAUUUGGGUUGACGGGUUUAUCAUCACUUUCAUGGAUUGUGAAUUAUUUUAAGCAAGGGAGGACAAUGACGGAGCAGUUGGAUUACACGAAGAGGCGCAUUCAAGAGCGAGCAGCAGAAGCUGCGGCGCAAGUGGGACAGAAGACAAAGGAGGCUGGACAGGCAAUACAGAGCAAAGCGCAGGAAGGAAAAGAAAGUGCAAGGACCGAUGUUCGAACUGAUGUUAGAACUUAAUUAGCUUGUAUUUUGGAUGGAAUAAUGAUGUGAAGGCUGCACUUGAAUUUUAGUUGCUUUCUUUGACGUCUUUUGUAAGCGUUGUGCGCAGUGUCGUAUGUUAGAUUUCCUUUUGUAAUGGUUGUUUUGGUCGUCGGUUAGGUCAUUUGUAAUUUAAUAAUCUUCUCGAGA